AUGUUUACUCAUGAACAAAAAAUUAGAAAUAAUUUUUCUGAAUAUCCUGCUCAAGAAAGUAAUGAAAAAUUAGAAUUACAAGAAAAUCCUCUAGCAGUUAAAAUUACUAGAAAUCAAGAACAAACUAGAAAACAAUCGUAUAGAUCAAGAGCAAAUAGAAAUAACCAUGGUGGUAGACUUAUUCAAUUUCUAAAUAAAAUAGUAAAAUCAACGAAUAAAUAUAGUGCUAUUCAAAAUUUAGAAGGCUUAGAACAGAUAUGGAAAGACUUUAAUAUUGAUGAAUUACGUAUUUGGACUGCAAUUAUUAGUACUUGUAGAACAGUUCAUAUGAAUUCAGUAAUAUUUCCAAAAGAAUUAAAAGUUAAGAAUAUAAGAUCUUUUGAAUGGGAUACACUUUUAGGAAUUAUAGUAAAUAAUAUACUUGCUGUUCUUUGGAUUGAUAAUGACUUUUCAAAUACUACAAAAGUUCGAACAGUUUUUGGAAAUUCUUCACAAAUGCAAUUACCAAUUCCAAAAAUUAUUAAUAAUUAUAAUCUUCAUAUAGGAGAUGUUGAUAUAGCUAAUCAAUGA